GUCGGAGUUACAUAUAAGGAAUACAUUUCCUUUAAAAUUCUCCGAUUACGUAAAUAUUUUACAAUUUGUUUAGCAAUUGUAUUUUUGCAACUAUCAAACGAAUAUUCAACUGCGGUUCUUGCCCAAAAGAGACUUUUGUAAGAACACAUUCCAUAACUUAUACUUAAUCGUCUGGCCAACUCAUUCGCCACCCAUAACAUUAACUUCACACAUAUGAUCACGAAGUUUAUGCCAUUCUAGAAUUUUGAACGUUAUUUUAUAACAAUUUAUAGCUUGUCUAGGCUUCUUGACUCAGCCAUUUAUUACUUUAACUCGACGGAGACUAUCAUUGUUUUCUAAGUUUUAUUUCUUUAUCACUGAUGUUACACCCAAAUAUCAACCACAAUAUGGCUACUCGUAUACAUAGUCCCCCUCAUAGAGGAUUCCCUGACGAAAAUAAAAUAUGUCAAUGGUAUUGUUGUCUGUGUGGUCAAACUUUUGGCCAAAUUUAUUAUAAAGAUAGAAGAUCAGAACCCGUACCAAGAUCAUCCGUUCCAAUACAAAAUGAAUUGAUAGAUAAAAUCAAAUAUUACUCCCAAAUUGUGUACAAUCAGCAUAAACCUGAAGAUAAUGACUAUUUCCAGUACCAUCCAUACCCUAGCAGUGGUCUUCAUUCCCCACUGACAGUGCCGCUUGAAUUGAGGGUUGGACGGUUUAAUGUAGAAGAUACUACAGACAUGACCGAAAUGAAUAAUAGUUCCAACGUUAUGUUGAAAAUACCUACGAGGUUUACUUGUCAUCGAUGUGAUCAUAUGAUGUGCCCUUACUGUCCCAAAAUCCGAAUAAAGGAUCUUAAUAACGAAUCAUGAAUACCCCACCAAGACAUAUUGCUAAUUUCUAAUAUAUUGACCGAUUUGUACACCGAUUGGCUAAUAGGAUAUUAAUAGAUAAAGAUAAGUAGC